AUGAUACUGAUUUUGUGUGGUAUUCUGAGCCUUUGUGUGAGCGGACACUGUGACUACCUCAAUGAUACCACAACCGGCUGCUCAUCACAUUGCUCUGUGACUAACGAUGAGGAUCUCUCCUGUUUCAAUAAAACGCUUCAGUAUUUUGAGCGCACACUAUUUGGUAUUAUGAGGAACUACAUUGCAUCGCAGCUAAAUUUCGUCUCACGUACUCCUAACAGUGUGCCUCCUACUGAACAACAGUUGGUGUCUACAACACUUGAUGUUAUGAAUACAGUUGAACCUGAUGCCACUGAAGAUGAAAAAGGGCUUUUUUCAGCCGACGAUGCCAAACCAAUAGUUGAAGCUCUUGUCCACAACGUUAUGGCCGAGACUUUUACUAUGCACAAUUACGUAUGUCCACAAGGAUGUGAGAAAUCGAAUACUUCUUGGUUCUGGUAUUUCAUUGGGUCUGCGGCAGCUAAUUUGCUUCUUGCAGUUUUCGGAAUUUUCGGGGUAAUGCACAGUCAUCGGAGGGUCAAGAAAAUGCUGAAGCACGUACAACUAGGUCUCCCAAAUGCUGCCAAAGUUCUUAAGCAAUAUUGA